AUGUCUCUGCAACCCCCUUCUGUCAACUCGUCUGUGCCACCACCUAUUGACGGCAAGUUUCUCUUUGUCAAUGAUGACCUCCUCGCCCCUGCUGAAGUCGGAAUCCUCGAGCCCUCCUUUCCCGAUGAACUCGUCGAAGUCCUCCGCGAUCGAUACCAUACUAGAGGCUACCUCCUUGUCAAGGGUCUCCUGCCCCGACAAGACGUCCUGGCCGCCCGAGAAUCAUACUUUGCAUCGCUAUCCCCAAGCGGUAUCUUGAAGCCAGGCACGGCACCUAAGGAAGGCAUCUUCGAUCCGGAAGCGAACCCCUCGAACUACCCUGGGAUAGGUGCUGGAGCCAAACGGGCCACCGCCACCGCCCCUGGAAGUCAGGAUAAACGCGGAAUGUUCAUGGAUGCUGCACUGAAAGCCCACACCGACGAGUGGUACUGUGGCUCAACUGAUGGCAGGGUCCGUGGGUUCUGCAACCAUCCUGCCCUCAAGGCUUUCGUUGCCCAUUUUACGGGUUGGGGCGAUAACACCCUUCCUGUUAAAAGAACCUUGCUGAGGAACAACACUCCUGGAAAUAAGGCUAUCGGCGUACACUAUGAUCAGUCAUUUAUGCGCUACGGUGAGCCUACUUCAGUGACAGCGUGGGUGCCGAUUGGUGAUGUCAGCCUGGAGGGUGGUGGUCUGAUCUAUCUCGAAGAUGGGGAGGCGCUUGGUGCCGAGAUAGAACAAGACUUCGAACGAAAGGCAAAGGCUGCGGGGAUGACCGAUGAAGAGGUACGGCACGCAUACAAUGCAAACAUGAUGAGCACUGGGUGGUUGUGCAACGGUGCGGCAGACUUUGGUCGCAAGUAUGGCAAGAAAUGGCUUGUUACAGAGUACGAGGCUGGCGAUGUUGUCUUCCAUACACCUCACAUGAUUCAUGCAUCGACUAUCAACUAUGAUCCGAAAGCGAUGGAAUGA